UUCAAAAUUUUCAGAGUCCGAAUUGAAGCCGAGCCAUGGCGUCACUCAUACUUGGAGCUCUACCUCUGACACCUCAAUCUCGCAUUUCCUCUUCUCAAUCUCAAACGCUCGGCACUUCUCUCAGCUGCUCAACUCACUCAGUUUCGCUCUCUUUAACUCGCUCUCCUUCAAUCCCCUUCGUGUACUGUGGUCGCGGCGAUAGGAAGACGGCCAAAGGAAAGCGUUUCAAUCACUCCUUUGGCAAUGCGAGGCCGCGAAACAAGAAGAAAGGGAGAGGGCCACCGAGAGUGGCAGCACCUCCUGCUCCACCAAAGAAAGAUAAGUAUGAUGAUGAUGAGAAAAUCAAUAUCGAAAUCGAUGAAUCUUUGUUCUCUAGUUAAUUCAGUUAUCCUGUUUCGUUUCUUCUUGUUACUGUAAUUUUGUUGAAUCUUGAGAUGCUAUAUUAUUAUGUCAAUUUGUCAUUUCUCUAUUGUUA